AAGAAUGUAAGAGAGAGAGAGAGAGAGAGAGAGAGAGAGACCCGUAAGGUGGUGAAGGAAGGGUGAGGGGUCCAGUUCAAAGAUCUCCAACCACAGUAGCAUAGAGAGAACCACACGAGCGCAGUGGAAUUAUCGACUCCGACGAUUCUUAUUUACUUUUAUUAUUAAUAACUAUUAUUUAUAUUUUUAUUAUUGUUACCAUCAAAUUCCAAUUUACCCGUAACAAUAAAUCUGUCUAUUUACUUCUCUUUGCAUGACGUAUAGUCCUCUCCGCCGCAUCGGAGUUGCAGCCCCCAAUGUCUCAAAGCGUCCAUAUCUUGUCUUAAUCCGUACCCCAAUCCAUAUUUUGCUGUAUUCAUCCACCCAUUUGUUGUUCCGUUCUUGUUUUCAUUGACAAACGGAUUGAAACCCUCAAGCAUUUGGAACUUUUUCGGUUUUGGUACACACACACACACACAUAUAUAUAUAUAUAUAUUCUGGGAAUCUAGGGUUUGCUAAUUUGUCAGUGAGCUUUAAGGGGGAAUCAAAGAAAGGGGGAUAGGAAUGGCGGCCAAUGGGCAGGGGAUAGAGCCUGCCGUCUUGGAUGACAUUAUCAAUCGUCUUGUGGAGUUUCGAAACGCGAGGACAGUGCGCCAGGUGCAGCUGUCUGAGAAUGAGAUCCGGGCUCUCUGUAUGGCGUCGCGUGAGAUCUUCCUCUCCCAGCCCAAUCUCCUCGAGCUUGAGGCCCCCAUCAAGAUCUGCGGUGACAUUCAUGGGCAAUAUGGAGAUCUUUUGAGGCUUUUUGAGUAUGGGGGUUUUCCGCCAGAAGCCAAUUAUUUAUUCUUGGGGGAUUACGUGGACCGCGGCAAACAAAGCUUGGAAACAAUAUGCCUUCUUCUAGCCUACAAAAUCAAGUAUCCUGAGAAUUUCUUUCUCUUAAGGGGAAAUCACGAAUGCGCUUCUAUUAAUAGGAUAUAUGGUUUCUAUGAUGAAUGUAAACGCCGUUUCAAUGUGAGGCUAUGGAAAAUUUUCACUGAAUGUUUUAAUUGCCUUCCUGUGGCAGCUCUUAUAGAUGACAAGAUACUCUGCAUGCAUGGUGGUCUUUCUCCCGAUCUAACAAACUUGGAUCAAAUAAGAAAUUUACCUCGUCCAACUGAUAUUCCUGACUCUGGUUUGCUUUGUGAUUUGCUUUGGUCGGAUCCUAGUAGAGAAAUAAAAGGUUGGGGGAUGAAUGACAGGGGAGUCUCAUAUACAUUUGGCGCCGAUAAGGUGGCUGAAUUUCUCAUGCAACAUGAUAUGGACCUUGUUUGUCGUGCUCAUCAGGUUGUAGAAGAUGGAUAUGAAUUUUUUGCUGAAAGGCAACUAGUUACCAUAUUUUCUGCUCCGAACUAUUGUGGUGAAUUUGACAACGCUGGUGCUAUGAUGAGCGUCGAUGAGAGUUUGAUGUGCUCAUUUCAGAUCCUAAAACCAACAGAUAGAAGACGGUUCUUGUGAUACAAGUUCCUAUAACCGUGUUCUCAGUUCUCCAUGGAUACCCAGAUGUCCUGUCUUUUGGUGGCAGAAUAUACUGGCUUCUUGAUUUUGUAGAACUUGGCCACGUCUAGUACUAUGGCAUUCUGCAAUGGAAUGAAUUAGAAUCUCGCUCUAGUGUUGUUGGGGGAACCCCAAUGUAUUUUGGAGGCAACUUUACUCAACUGGUCUGAAGUGCUGUAUUUCUUUUUCAAAAGAUUUCAUGUUACAUUGUUCUCGCGCAGUUUAUGAUUCGACUGUGUAAAUACACCUUAUUUUGUAAAUUGCGGUGGAAUUGUAGAUUGUUGUUACUGAUUUGGCAAAUUUGCCUCUUCUUGAGCACUGUUCUGAUGAAUGCUCAAAUUGUAACUUUCCACCUAUAUACUAUCUAUAUUGCCAAUAGCUUCUAUUUAGCUGA